GAGAGAGAGAGAGAGAGGGGGGCUGCUAUCGCCGAGACUGCGGGACUCACUCUAUCGCGUGGAAAGACAAACUGCAAUUUUCGCGGUACGCGUUUAUCGAACUGUACGCGCCUUUUUUUCUCUUUUUUUUUUUUUUUUUUAUCGCGUUCCCGGGACUUUUCAGGGCGGCAACAGCGCGUUUGUAGUGUUAGCGAGCCGAGUUUCCAAGGGCUUCGCCACGGAUGUCGCGUGUCGUUGCUCCGCGAUAGUCGCCGAGAGAGAAAGAGAGAGAUAAUUGCUGCAAAAUGCUAGUCGGUAGUUAUCAGUACGUCAGCCAGUACCAAAAUGUGUCAUCCUCGUCGAAGGAAGUCGGGGCUUGCAGCAGUGCCUACAGAAGUCCCUUUCGAACAACCAGCAUGCCGUUGCAGGACAUCACUAUGAGCCAGACUUUGCCACUGAUGAACGGUGGAAACGCUGCACCAUAUGGUACAAAUUCUGCCGGACCGAAAGACGGAACGCCGAUGGCGGGAUUGGCAGGUUGGAAUGGAGGUAGCGGCAACGGCGGGGUCGGCAGAACUAUGAAGGAAUACGAGGAUCUAUUGGGGAGCUUGCAAAAGGAGAAUUUUAAUCUUAAGUUGCGAAUUUAUUUUUUGGAAGAACAAGCUGGCAUCUCUCAAACCGAUCAGGAUGUCGUUAAGAAGAACAUAGAAUUAAACGUUGAAAUGGAAUCCAUGAAGAAGGAAUUGAUGGAGAAACAGGAACUUCUCAGUCAGGCGGCGAAAGCUUUCGAAUUAAUCGAGGAGCAGAAAGAAGCGACUGCCCGGGAUCAAGCUCAACGUCAGCAAUUGUUCGAAAAAGAACGGGAGAAAGUGGCCAAGCUCGAGAAGGAAUUAGCAGAGUGCCGAGAAAGAGAUGUAAACGCGUCCAUGUAUUACAAAGAAACUUUUGGCAUCACCCCGGAGCAGGCGUUAGAAAACGCAGAAAAAUUGCGGCAGAUGGAAGAAUUGGUGGCAUCUCUCGAAGCAGAGGAAAAAUUGUACUCGCGGCAGACAAAACAAAAGUUUGCGAUAUUUGCGUGUAACGCCGACUCUCACAAUACGGUCCAGGUGAAGCAGAUAAAUAGUAGUUUGGAGGAGGAGCGCAGCUGGGCGCAAGAACUUGAAAACGAGAGGGACCAGCUCAGAGAACGACUAGAUGUGGAAGUGCGACUCCGCGAGAAACAGGAUACGGACCGAGUGCGAGAUAUCGACUUACUGCGCGAAAAGGUGAAGGAGCUGGACGACCAGCUGUUCAAGAAGGACACGGUUGUGCAGCAGUAUAGAAACGACCUCGUCGAAUGCGAUAGACUCGUCAAGGAGAAGAGCGCGCUGCUGCUGGAGAAGUGCCAAGCGUACGAAGAACUCAACCUGAUCUCCGAGAAGAGGAAACAGCAGAUUGUUCAACUGAGGGCGUCCGUGAAGACUCGUGACGACGCCCUUACGGAUCUCAAUUACAAGCAUCGCACGUUGUUGUCACAGUGUGAAAAUAACUACGGUAAGCGCUCACCGUCCAGCAGUCCGUCGACUUUGAAUUCGUUAGCGUGCCGUUUAUCGCCGCCUAUGGGGCAGAAACCGUCCUGUAUUCGUGAUAUAAUGGAUAUGGAUAAUACGUACAUGGAUUUCGAAUCGUACAAAGAAAAAACGGUGAACUUAUUCUCACCGUUACAAACGAUCGGCGAAGAUACCAAGGAAGUUAGCCAACUGACGAAGGAACUAGAGGAAAGGGACAAUGAAUUGAAACGACAGGAAGAAGCGAGAAAGCAACUGAUACUCAGACUGUGCAACACACAAAAGCAGGCGGAAAAUACGGAGCAGAGGCUGAAGAAGAUGGAGGGCGAGCACGAGAAAGCCAUCAGGGCGAUACAGGGCUUCAUGGAGCGCGAGAAACAGGCGCGGGAUGCGAACACGCGGAAGGAGCGGAGGAUCCUAGAACUGGAGAUGGAGUUGCGCAAGUUGCGAGACUCCGAUGACACGAAGGUGAGAGCGGACGAGCACGAUCUCGUUCUGUUGAAGGACCUUGGCGACAAAAACGUGGACGGCAACGAGAACAGUUCCUACAAACAGCAACGUUUCGAAGAAAUGGAAAGCAACAUUAAUGAUCUACGGGGUGAAAUCGAGACGAUAAAAACUGAGAAGAAUCUCUUGGAAAAACGAAUACAGGCCGAAUCUGAAGAACUACAAGAACGUCUUCAUGAUAAGGAGCAAAAGAUCGAAAUACUGGAGACAGAGAAGCAAACCGUUGCGAAAGAAUUGACAGACAAAAUCAUCGAGCUGGAUAAACUUAGGCAUGCCGAGACGAACACUAGUAUCAUUGACGACGGUUUUCCGCGAAAGAAAGAGUUACUUGAGCAACUGAAAGUACAAAACACCGAGAUCGAGGAGAAGAACCGGAAGAUCGAGCAACUGACGAAGGACCUGCAGGUGAAGACUCAGAACCUGCAGAAGCUAGUUAACACGGAACUCUGGAGCAAAAACAAGGAGAUCGCCAAGUUGCACAAUCACAUGACGGCGUCGUACAGCCCCGACAGAUGCCGCAACAAGCCCGAAACCGUCCAGGAAACCGGUAGUUCGCAACUGACGAGUCUGAUUCGCGAGUUGUCCGAGAUCGGCAUCAGAGCUACUUUUGUGAACGAGACUGCCUGUCUGAAUUACAUCAACGAAGACGGAACGGUCGACAUGAAAACGUUAAGCGAGUACGUUCGUAGGCUGACGAGCCAGAAGAACGAUCUCGAGAAGGAAGUAGACUACUUGAAGUGGCUGAAACUAGUGUCGAAGCCCGACAUCGGUAUUGAGAUUGACGGCUGUAGCGACGACAGCGAAUGGGCGAAGAAAUAUUGUGAGCUGUUGCGCACACAUCUGAAGGAUCUGAUGAAAUUCAUGAAGGAGAUGUUAAAGAACGCCGAACGCGCGGACACCGCCGGCACGGAGCACAAGAAGAUGGUAUUGGACGUUUUGUUCAACUCGAAGAUGCUGUCGGACGAUUUCGUGCGCGCUCUCGACGAUGUUUCCGUACAGGACGGCGUGGACGUGAUCAUCGCGAACGACAGGCUCGAAAGUUCCGGGAAGAAGACUCGACCCGAGGACAUCGCAGAGACGGUGAAGAAUCAGGCCUCGCAGUCGGAUUCCGAGGCGUUCUCCGAACCUGAUCGAACGGUCUCCAUGGCCAGAAUCGGCUUGCAAGAGACGCAACACAAGAUCCCCAGCCGGUUCAGAUUUUCCAAGUAUAUCGCGAAGACACACAGCGACUCCGAAGACUCCACGGAUUAUGUGCCUUAUUACAAGACCUACCAGAACGAUCUGAACGAUCUGGACAUGAAUCACCAGAUACAGGAAUUGAAGGAAACGAACAAUAUGUUGUAUUCGGAACUUAGCGCCCUGAGGAACGAUCUGGUUACGAAAGUCUCCUUUGAUUGUACGAUCGACGAAAAGUUAACUCCUUUCAUUAUGAAAUUGGAGAAAUCGCAAAGGUUCUGCGAGAAGUUGCAAGUUUCCCUGGAGAAGAGGAUACACGAGUUCCACACCUUGAAGAAACAGAACAGCAUUCGCAAGACGCAAUUAGAGAAGAAGAUCAACGACAUGGAGCAGAUGGCGAGCGAAAUGACCAAACAACAGUCCGAAUUGCUGCAAUUCAGGGAGAACAACGACAAAAAAACUACGGAUACUCUGUUGAUCCUUAACAAGGAAAACGAAUCUCUACGAGCAAGGAUCAAACAGCUGGAGGAGGAAGCUGAAACUGCCAAGGCAACCAUAUCCACCCUUAGGAGAGAACUGGAACACCUCACCCUUUCGCACAGUGAAAUAUUCGUGGAGAAUAGCAAGUUGACGAAUGACAAAUUGAGGCUCGAGCAAGAAAUUAGAAAGAUGGAGAGUCGGUAUGACGUAACCGUCCGCUCGCUGCACGACAAGUUCAGCAAAGAGAUAUCCGAUCUGAAUCAGAUCAACGAUUCGCAUAGAGCAAGAGUGCAGGAACUCGAGACCGCGAACAAAGAGUUCAGAAGGCACAUGGCGGUGUGCGAGGCUAGCGAUUCGGCGCCGAGCUCUAGCGGGGUGUCGUCGAUACCCACGGACACCACUCUCAAGCAAACUUGCGAUGACAUUUUGCAAGAAUAUCAACCUUAUAACAACUCGCAGUAUUGGCAACUGACGAAUUAUUCUACAAUGGGAGCGCGCAGCAAGUCCAGUUGUUCGCCGGAUCUAGGAAUAGAAAGUGACGCUGCCGUCACUACCGUGAGACCCUUGAAAGAUACAUUAAAAAUCACAGAAUCGAUGACCAAUCUGUUAAGCGAUGAAGAGAAUGGGAAUGGCAAUCACAGAACUCGAGACGCAAAUAGCCAAAGUCCAUUACCGAUAGAAGGUCUUGACGAGGUGGAGGCAUUGAAGCAAGAAAACGAAUCGUUAAAGCGACGACUGAUGAAAACAAGGAGAGCAUUGGAGGACACGUUUGAGCACUUAUCCGCCUCGAACAAGAAUAAGAAGAACGUCGAGAAGGCGAUAAUAAAGCAGCUAAUGAUCACGAAAAAUGUCUUAAAGAAGACGAGGACAUUCGAAGAACCUUUGAACGAUUAACAGAGAUCACAGACUGACGCAUGAAGAACGAAGAAGAGGAAAGCAGCAUAACAUUGUUAUUCGUGUGAUUAAACGUUCUCGAGGAUUUAUUGUUCAAUUGCACGAAUUUAUCGUGUUUUGUCUGUUUCUUAUUUGUCCUUUUCUCGUAUUUACAAGAUGAGAGAAACAAACGGUACAUAUCGGCACAAAGAAUUACGAUAUAUACCGAUAGGCAUUGUAACGUGUAUCACAAAAUUUUUUAAUAACGAGAAAAUUUCUAAACGAGAAAUAUUUUCAUACGGAUCAAACGCUAUUUUCGCUAAAGAUAGAAGAAGACGAAACAGAGGAGAAUUUAUGACGACACUGUACAUUGAAUUUGUAUAUAUUUAUAUAAUAGAAUACGCACAUGUAUGACAUUUUCGUAGACGUUCUUUUUCCGCGAAGGUUCUUCCAAGUGUUGAUUACGGCGUCGUCGAAUCGCGUCGCUUACGAUCAGCACUCGUUCGUUGACGUAUUUUGCUUUAUGAUUAACAGAAAUUCGUGCGUGUGUGUACAUAAGUAUUUUAUGUAUCAUAAUGUAGUAUCUUUCUCUCUGUACAUAGCCACCACAUGAAUAAAGUGCCAUUGAUAUUUAGAACUUAUGCGUAUCCCCCGAUAAGCGAAGGAAAUGAUUCGACCGAGAUUAUGACGAUGCGAAAUCAUUUCACGUCACUUAUGCGAACGAUGGGACGCUUUCGACGAUUUCAUGUAUCAAUUGCAUGUAUAUAAGUUGCAUUUACUUGCAAUUUUAUUUGAUUCGAUAUCGAGAUGUAUCUUUUUCUUUUGUUGACACAUUGUUUUCUUCUUUUAUAGAUUUAUUCCGUUAACGAGUAACGUCUUGUUUUUCAUGCGCUUGUUAAUUUAUCCACAAGCAAAUAAAUGCAAAUUUUACGUUACACGAGUGAAAUGUACGUUUGUAUCGUGCGAUAAGAAUUACUCGCAGUGUCGAUUCUGUAUGCGCGGGUAAUGCGUCGUAAUUGUAAAGCGGCUUCCGCGCGCCGCCGGCAUUGGGACUCGCGCAGAAAUAAAAGAGCACAACGGCGUAAGAUUA